AUGCCGCCCGGGACGACUCACCGGAGCGGGGCUUCCCGCCGCCAGUUCUCUGGUUUCUACGGCGCCUCUGGCGAGUCAGACGGCCAGGCGUUUCCCCCAGCUGACGACCCGGGGCCCGGUCGGAAGCUCUCGUCUUCGUAUCAGUCCUCGUCGUACUUCUCUUCGAUGUACAUUCCGUCUUCUUACCUGUCUUCUUCCUUCGCGCCGUCUUCACGGCCCUUCUACCCGCGCGCCGGCGCGGCCGCUUCCGAGUCGCCGCGAGCGGGCGGCGCAGACUCUCGCUCCGCAUCCUAUGCCUCCGCGACCGGAGUCUCCUUCCGUCCCCUCACGCCGCCCUCGCCGCCCUCGCCGUCCUCGCCCCUCUCGCCCCUCUCGCCCUCGGCGGCCUCGGCGGCCUCGGCCCUGCCCGGCGCGGCGUUUCGCGGGUCUGCCUCGCCGGCGAAGGCGGCGUCUCGGGAGUUUUCUCGCGACGCCCUCGCCCACUCUGCAGACGUGGAGCACCUGAAGCGGGUGGUGAGCCGCAUCGAGCGCGACCACACGGCGAAGCGCCGCCAGAUCCACCAACAACAGACGCUGCUGCAGCAGCAAGAGACUCUGCUCCUGCACCAGGAGCGUCAGUUGUUGGAGCGCGAAGAGGAGAUCCAGCGGCUGUCUCGGGAGUUGGCCGAGCUGAAGGUCGAGGCGAAGGAACGCAAAGUGAUGGCCGAGGAGGCGCGGUCUGCCUGGCUCGACGCGACUCGAUCGCUGCAGGCCUUCAAGGCGCGAGUGUGCGACGGCGAGGAGACUCACCGCCUCGUGGCAGACGUCCUGAGCGAGGCGGAGAAGAAGGAAAAGAACCUCGCCGAGAAGAUCGCCUUCCUCGAGAAACAGUGCAGUCGAAACUGCAGAGGCGGCCCGAACGCGAGACUGCGGAGCGGGACCGCCGAGACGCAGGCGCGGGGCGAGGCCGGAGACACGGUCACGCGCGCGUGUGAACGGCCCGAAGAAGCGAGCAGAGGGAGAGAGGCUGUCGGCCACUUCCUCGGCAUGCUGAAGCAUACUGCCCGCGGGGACGCGGACGCUGAGAGGCGCGAAGACGCUGCGCCCCAGUCGGCGCAAGAGCCCGUGCGGCGGCUCCUCGCCGCGAACCCGAGCCUCGCUGACGCCGAGGAAGUCCUCGCGUUUCUCUUCCAGAGCCUGCGGCGCGAAACCCUGCAGGUUCGUCUGUACGUCCAGCAGCGCCGCGCACUGCGCGCCGUGGAGGCCGCGGACGACUCCGACUCGUCCUUUGAGAGCGAAGAGAACGCCUGGGUGGAGGAGGCCUACGAGAAGCUGCGGGCUCACCACGUCCCGAAGGAGAGUCUGUUUCUUCUUUUUUUCUUCUCCCGCACCUCCACGCUCCACAAAAUCAUGCUGACGUGCCUCGAAGAAGGCAACACGCGCUGGCUCGGCCUUCUCAAAGAAGCAAUCGUCGCGCAGUUCCUCCACCGACGCCUCGUCUCGCUCCAAGACCUCUCCCGGCACCCUUUUCUUUCUCCUGAACGACGCAUCGACCGGGAAGGACAGGCAGCGCGGGAGAGCCACGCAGACGGCGGGACGAGACGCAUCGAAGACGAGACCGCGUGCGCUGGCGAGGCGGCCGCCGAGCAGUUCUCAGCAGGCGACGACGGCUGGCUCCGCUCGCAGGACCCGCGCGAGAAAUCUUGCGGCGCGGGGUCGACGCGCGAAGAGCGGGAGAAGGAAAACGCGCAAUGCAGAGAGGGGACGCUCCAGGCCCGUCUUUCGGGCGAAAGGAAGGGAGAGGAGAAACCGCGCGCAAGGGACUCGACCUCCCCACACAAGGGCGGCAGUGAGGAAGAGCCCCGCCACGCUGAGAACCUCAACCACGCCUUGGAAGCGCGGACAACAGAUGCUUCUCUCUCUCUCGCCGCCGAGCAGCAUCCGCUUCUCGUUCUCCUUCGCAGUUCGCGCGGCAACUGGCAAGCGUCUCUUGCGUGGCUGUCCCAGUCGCUUCUCGCCGCAGGACCUUCCUUCUUCUCCCUCCACUACUCUUCGCCCCACGCACAGCCACACUCUUCUUCUUCUUCUUCCUCUUCUUCUUCUUCGGAUUUUGAGGGGCGCGAAGGCGGCGAGGCCGCGGCUGUCGCGUCGGCUGGUCGCGCAGGACAGUUGGUGGACGAAGACGGAAACAGUGUGCUGCACUGGACAUGCAAGCGGAAUGCGCCGGAAGUCAUUUCGCGGUUCAAUCUGCUUGCGCUAUCGACGCUGUCGAUUUUCUCGAGAAACAAGAAGGGGGAGACGCCGGCGGACCUGCUCCCGCCGCUCCUCGCGCCGCCGAGCGACAACUCAGCAGACCGGCUGAGCAACAGCGCGAUCGUCAACGCCCAGAAAUGCAUCAAACUGUGGAGACCCAUCGUCUUUGAAAUCGCCAACAAGGCGAGCGCCUGUUACCGAACCCACGAAAACGAAGCGGCCUACUACUGCUCGGCGUUGAUGCCCUCGUACCGCGGGGCGUACGACACGGCAGCAGAAGCUUCCGAAUUGCUGCUCGACUGGGAAGGCGCAGUGUCGGCCAUGACCCAGAUGCAGCAGCGCUGCGGCGCCUCCUUCACUGCGGCGGAUCGCCUGAGGAAAGAGCGAUUCGAGGCGCAGCUUAAGGCGUCCGCCUUCCAAGUGCUCGGCGUUGAGAAGGGCGCUUCCGCAGCCCUCAUCAACCGAGCGUUUCGCAAGUGGAGCAUUCGCUUUCACCCGGAUAAAGCGGCGGGUCUCACCCCCGAUCUCCGGCUCCGCAACGAAAACUUUUUCAAGAGGUUGAACGAAGCGCGACUGGCCCUCCUGGAUCGGGAGCGGUGCGCCGUCCACCUGCGGCUGCCGCACCAGCCGCUGUACGAACACCCUGGCGAAGCGGCCGAGAUUUUGCAGUCCUCGCGAAAGCCCGCGCCUGCGAAUCCCUCCCGCCGCGAGGACGGCACCUCGCCCUCAACGGCAGUCCGUGCGUCGUGCGGCGCGUCGACUCCCCCGCCUUCGCCUCUGCGGAAAGCGGCUUCUCCAAAAUCGGAGGCAAAGUCGCGUGCGUCCUCGGAGCUGGGUGCGGCGAGCCUGGACGAUUUGCGUUAUCAGCGAGAGGCGCUCCUGCGGUCGCUGACCAGUCUGGGCAGUCAACGGAGAGCCGUCGAAGAAGAAAUCGCCGAGCAGGAGAAACGCGACGGCGAGCGCGGCGGCGGAGACGCUGAGCCGCACGCGCUGCGCGCCAGUCGCCAGCACCGCGAAAUCGAAAUUCGAAAGUUGAAAGAAAAGGAAGAAGCGAAACGCCAGAAACUCGCUGAAGUCCUCAACGAAUUGCAACUCAGACUCAAACAAGGAGCCGAGCAAGAAGACAGAGGAGAGGGGGAAGAGAGCGAAAAGGGGGAAGAGGGGGAAGACAGGAAAGGCAGAGAAGAGAGGAGGGAGAGUGGUGUCGCAGGAGCGGCAGCGAGGCGAGGCGAUUCGAUGCCAGGAAGUCAGCGGGUCAGCAUCGACGUGCCUUCGACUCGAGAGGCGACGGAGGCGCCGUCCUUUUCUUUUGAGAAGGAACGGGGGGUGGAAGGCGGAGAGAGUGAGGCUGCGCAUGCACCGGGGUUUUCUCAGUCCGCGUCGCGCUUUCCUCCGGUGUCUUCGCGGCUCGGGAAGGGGAGCCGUCGCGCGGGCGAAGAACGCGAAGACGCCGAUGAAGAAAAUGAUUUUCUGCAGGCCUGUGGAGAGGCCGCAGACUGGGGCGACGAGGAGACGGAUUCGGAAGACCAUGACUUCUUUUCGAACCAAAACGUUUUUGAGAUGCCCAGGGGGGAUGCAUCGAAGGGGGCAGAGACGCCGGCGCCUGGGAGAGAAGGCGUGAGGGAGAAGGCGCCCACCGAGAAAGAGACGAGCGAGAUAGAAGACGCUUUCUUCGGACUGCCUUCGCGGGAUGCCUCGGAGGCUGCGUUUUCCUUCGAGGGGAACCUUUCCCGAAGCUCCACCAAGGCGGGCGAGGCUUCGAACCAUUCCUCCUCCUUCUCGUCCUUCGCGUCGUCUUCGCCUUCUUCCUUCUCUUCGCUCUCUGCCUCGCUCGCGCGCGCCAAGGAGGUCUUGACGCGCGCCUCUGCGCUGGCAAGCGAGAGCUCUCCUCAGACAAAAGGCACACGAGCAAGACACUCGUUCUUCUCUCCGCCACCCACCCCAUCUUCCUCGGCGCCUUCUGCGUCCUCGUCUCUCCCUUCCACACAAAUCCCCGGCGCCACCUUCCUCGCCUCUUCUUCCUCUUCUUCUUCUUCCUCUUCAUCCUCCUCUUCUUCCUCUUCAUCCUCCUCUUCUUCUUCCUCUUCCUCCUCUUCUUCCUCCUCUUCUUCCGCUUCUUCGUCUUCUUCGACUGCGUCGUCUUCCCUAGCGGCGAGCAAAGCUUUCCGGGAUGUGCGCGGGAAAAGUUGCAUAUCUCCACGGAAGAAGAGCAUGGGGGUGAACAAGACGGAGACAGCUCGGCGGUUUUUUGCAGCGCCGGAGGAGCUGUUGAGGGAGCGCAGAGGAGAGACGGAGCGGAAGAAGAUGGCCCCGCCGCCUCUGUAUAAGACUCCGAUUCCUCUCUUGAAGAAGAUCACUUCGAAGGCCCCAGAGAAGACGGAGACGAACAACGAGAAAGCAAGGGAAACAAAAGAAACGAGUCAGAACUCUCAUCCCCUUUCCACUUCUUCGCUGUCGUCGACGUCCUCUCCGGCUGAGUCCGCGCGAGAGAAGACGCCCCCCGCGAGUGCCUCUCGUGCUUUCGCGUCUUCGACGGAGGCAGAGCGCACAGGCGAGUUGCCCAAGUCUGGGAGUUUCGCCGCAAAGACGCCGAGCCCAUUUCUUUUUCGCGAGGCGCAUCAGACUCUCGGAAACCCGCGAACGACUGACGGGCGGAAGGCGAAUCGGCUCUCGGAGGGAGCGAAGGCAGGCGAGCGAAGAGCGGAAGGCCCCUCGAGGCGGAAGGACCAGAGAACUGCCCGGCCACCUAGCCGGGACAGCCUGAGCGAUCAGAACUUUGGCGAGAGGGAGGAGGCUAGCGGAGAGAGUCAGGGAAGAACCGGGGACUCGGUGAGCGAGGGAGAGCGAGCGGAGACGGUUGGGGCAGGGAAGAGCAAUACGUUCGAGGAUUCGUUCUCGCCGCGAGCUUCAGGCAGAGGCGAAGCCUCGCGCACGACUUCCUCUCGCGACACCAAACCUGCGUCUCCAGAUCCUCUCCUGGGCACUGCAGACCGACACAGGCUCUUCGCUCCUUCCUCUUCUUCUGGUUCUCCUGUUUAUGCUGGCAAGGUGCGGAAGGAAGAAAGCGUGACUGGCGGCGGCCAGACGUCUCUCUCUGCUUUCCGAGGGGAGAGGGGCGGGGCGCGAGAGGAGCCUGCUGGGAGCCUGCGGUCGCCGGGGGUUUCCCAACUCAGCGACGACGCCAAUGGUCGGGCGGAGACCCGCUCGGAGGCGGCAAACGACAGGCUGUCGAACCCUGGCAGAGACAGUCGAGAGACGGAGGAAAGAAGGGAAGGGGGGGGAGAAACGCGAGAGGACAAUCCUGCCGGCAAGAGAAAGCUGAGAAUCGGAGAAGGCCAGACUCUCGGCUCUUCUUGCCCCGUGCUCAACACGGACAGGGGAGACGACUGCUUAUCCUCACGUCGUUCCCACUACCCUGGUCCAGACACCCAAGCAUCCUUUCCGUCUUUGUCUGCUUCGUCCUCCUCUUGUUCGUUUUCGGCGUCUUUGGGUGGGUUUGAGGGGAGAGCAGGGGGGGAGGGCGAGACGGCGAGCAGUGUGUCGCGGAGCGAGAAGGGACAAACUCCGGGGCGGAAGGCACCUGCGCUUUUCUUCGUGCCGGAAGCUCGCCACGCCGCCGCUGCGCCUUCUCUCUCAGCUCUGGCGGCUUUGCGCCCGCGGGCUGCCUGCAGCGGCGAGAAGAGACAGGAACGCGACGCACGCCGAGAGAAGGGGACCGCCGACGGGAGCUCGCACGGCCGCCGGCAGUUCUCUCCACACCAGGAGGAAGUCGUGCGCGAGUUUCUGGCAGAGAAAUACGGCUUCUAA